GCUCUGGUGGCAGAUACCUAUACACGUCAUAAAUUUGAUCCUUAAAUCCUCUGCUUAACGUCUCGCGCCCAAUUCAUCGUAUCAUCAUCAAAUUCAAAACAACAAAAGAACACAAAUAUCAGUCAGUCCAACACAACAACAAACACGAAACUCAGCACAGAUCAGAAAAGCACAAUUUGGUGUCUAAUUUCGGCCACGUUAAAUUGAAUUUGUCACUCCUAUCAAUACGUGGCUAAAUUUUCGUGGCAAACUUCCGUUUCUGUGGUAGUGUCAACAUAACAUUGACAUUAGCAUAGAUGUUCAUUGUUCAACUUGCCCACAAUUAUUCCCUUAUUAGACACUACUGAGAAACGCACCAUCUAAUAAUUAUGCCAAAGCAACUUGCAUUCAAAUCUCCAUUCCAAAUCAUCAUUCGCCAUAAUCAUCAACCACACUUCCAGGUUCCAGCAUGGACCCUCGCAUACUGGCCAGUCAUUACAUGGUCCAACUCAGCCGCACCCCCAUCACCCAGAUACUAGCACGUGCCGUCCACGCUCACAUUCUUACCUCUGGCUUUAGGCCAUCCACUUUCAUCCUCAACCGUCUCAUUGAUGUGUAUUGCAAGUCUUCAAAUAUUUGUUAUGCCCGCCAACUGUUUGAUGAAAUUCCCAAACCAGAUAUUGCUGCUAGAACCACUCUCGUUGCGGCGUACUCUUCUAUGGGUAACAUAAGGCUUGCUAAGGAGGUGUUUUAUGCCACCCCUUUGAGAAUUAGAGAUACAGUUAGUUAUAAUUCUAUGAUAACUGCUUAUUCACGUAAUCGUGAUGGGCAUUCUGCUGUUAGGCUCUACAAAGAAAUGAGGGUGGAGGGGUUUGUGCCAGAUCCAUUUACUUUUGCAAGUGUGCUAAGUGCACUUUCGUUGAUAGCGGAUGAGGAGAGACACUGCCAGCAGCUGCAUUGUGAGGUGAUUAAGUGGGGAGUGGGGUGUGUGGUGUCGGUAUGCAAUGCUUUGAUGAGUGCGUAUGUGAAUUGUGCGAGUUCACCAUUGGUGUUGUCUUCAUCGGUGAUGGCUGCUUCUAGGACGUUGUUUGACGAGAUGGAAGAGAGGGAUGAAUUGUCAUGGACCACUAUUGUUGCUGGGUAUGUAAGGAAUGGUGAUCUUUGUGCGGGGCGCAAGCUUCUCGAUGGGAUGACUGAAAAGAUAGUUGUUGUUUGGAAUGCCAUGAUAUCUGGUUAUGUGCAUCAUGGGCUUUAUGAUGAAGCAUUUGAGUUGUUCAGGAAAAUGCAAUCCAUGGGCAUUAAGUUGGACGAGUAUGCUUACACUAGUAUAAUUAGUGCUACUUCUAAUGCUGGAUUGUUCAGGUUAGGAAGACAGGUGCAUGCUUACAUUCUCAGAACAGAGUUACAACCUUCAGAACAUUUUAUUUUGUCGGUAAAUAAUGCCCUAAUUACGUUCUACACUAAACAUGGUAAAUUGGUUGAGGCAAAGGAAAUUUUUAACAAGAUGCCCAUAAGAGAUCUAAUUUCUUGGAAUUCAAUUUUGUCUGCCUGUGUGAAUGCUCGGCACAUUGAGGAAGCUAACUCCAUUUUCAAGGAGAUGCCAGAGAGGAGUCCCCUGGCAUGGACAGUGAUGAUAUCGGGCUUAGCACAAAAUGGUUUUGGAGAAGAAGGUUUGAAGUUAUUCAACCAGAUGAAGUUAGAGGGACUGGAGCCAUGUGAUUAUGCAUAUGCAGGAGCAAUUACGUCGUGUGCUGUUCUUGGAUCAUUAGACAAUGGACAGCAACUGCAUUCUCAGCUACUCCGUUUGGGACAUGACUCAAGCCUCUCUGCCAGCAAUGCAUUGAUUACAAUGUAUGCAAGAUGUGGUCUUGUUGAAUCUGCCUAUGAUGUGUUCCUCACAAUGCCUUAUGUAGAUUCAGUAUCUUGGAAUGCCAUGAUUGCAGCUCUUGCACAACAUGGAAGGGGUGUCGAAGCCAUUCAACUUUAUGAACAGAUGUUGAAGGAAGAAAUAUUACCUGAUAGGAUAACUUUUCUCACAAUUCUUUCUGCUUGUAGCCAUGCAGGUUUGGUCAAAGAGGGGCGUCAUUAUUUUGAUACAAUGUGUACUUCUUAUGGUAUAACCCCAGGAGAGGAUCAUUAUGCUCGUUUGAUUGAUUUAUUAUGUCGUGCCGGUAUGUUCUUAGAAGCAAAGAGUGUAACUGAAUCAAUGCCUUUUGAGCCCGGUGCACCUAUUUGGGAGGCUCUUCUUGCUGGUUGCCGGAUUCACGGGAAUAUUGAUUUAGGAAUUCAAGUUGCUGAGCAACUCUUUGAGCUAAUGCCACAGCAUGAUGGAACCUACAUAAUCCUGUCCAAUAUGUAUGCCACUUUAGGUCAGUGGGAUGAAGUGGCCAGGGUGAGGAAAUUAAUGAAAGAACGAGGGGUGAAGAAGGAACCUGGUUGUAGUUGGAUCGAGGUUGAAAACAUGGUCCAUGUCUUUUUGGUUGAUGAUGCUGUUCAUCCUGAGGUACUAUCAGUGUACAGAUAUCUAGAGCAACUCGUAAUUGAAAUGAGGAAGUUGGGCUAUGUUCCUGAUACGAAGUUUGUAUUACACGAUAUGGAAUCUGAACAUAAAGAAUAUGCCUUGUCUACUCAUAGUGAAAAACUUGCUGUUGUUUAUGGAAUUAUGAAAAUUUCUCCAGGAGCUCCGAUUCGUGUUUUCAAAAACUUGAGGAUAUGCGGGGAUUGCCAUAAUGCAUUCAAGUUUAUAUCCAGAGUAGUCAAGCGAGAGAUAGUAGUGAGAGAUAGGAAGAGGUUUCACCAUUUUAAAAACGGUGAAUGUUCUUGUGGCGACUACUGGUAACAAAAGGUUCUCUUGUUUGGUUCUCAUCAAUGAUUGCUUUAAUCUCAACACUGGUCAAACAGAUGAAUAUAUAAGUGGAGCAUCUGUUAUCAGGAAUUCAAAUUUGAGAUUGAAAGUAGUC